AUGAUGCGCGCCGGACUGCAGCGUGACGUCCGCGGCGACGACGGGCGGCGCCUGGGGGUCGCCGGCUCGGAGCAGGAGCGCGCUCGGCUCGACGAGCGGGCGGCCCGCGACGGCGAGCCGAUCGCCUGCGCCUGCCCUGGAGUUCACGGCGACCAGCUGACCCCCGAGAUGUUCUUCGCCGUUCGGCAUGUGGAGGUGGCCGCCCGCCUGGAGUACAUAGCCGAGGCCCGCGGGCUGCCGACGCCGGCAAGGGGGCCCAGCGACGCGGUGGCGGAGGAGGAGCUCGGCGGAGAUCGCUCCGACGAUGACGGGGUUUUCGGCCUGGACGAGGCUCUGCGAGGCUGGCAGAGGAAGUUCGACGACGUCUUGCACCGGACGGCGGCGGCCCAGGCGGCUAAGAGCAGUCGCGCGGGUGCGCGCAAGAAAGCCUUGAUGGGAACGUUCUUGCAGUUGCAACGCCGCGCUUACGCCUGCGUUCGGCAGCCCUGCGCCGUGCAAGAGCGCGCCCAUCGGCUGGCGGCGAUGACUCCUGCUGACGCGCAGACCGCCAGAAAGAACCAGGACGCGACCCGUGAACACAGGGCCGCCCAGGACGACAAUCUGGAGGCCGCGGGCGCCGAUCUGCCCGUCGCUGCGGCGGCCCUCUCCGACGCGCCCGCGUCGUCGAGGCGCCUCGGCCACGAGGACAUGCCGAUCUCCCCGCUGCAGGCGGCGCUGACCCUCAUCUCCGAGUCCGGGGUCUGGAAGAGGAAGGAGCAGUACCUGAUGACGCUCUUCCUCCUUCAACCGAUACAACAACUGCGGCAGAAUGCCCUCGAGACGGACGGCUUGGACAGCUUGUCCACGGCCGCGAGCCUCGCAGCGGCCUCGAGAGGCGCGCAGGUCCGCCGCGUCUUCCUGCACGGCCCAGGGGGCUCUGGGAGGACGUAUUGCAUGACCGAGGUGGUCAACAAGGUGGUCGUGCGUUUCUUCAGGCACAGGGGGCUGAAGCUGAAGCUCGUGGCCGCGGCCAACGGCGCCGCCCGCAUCCUCGGCGGCAAGACCAUGCGCGCGGCGGCGAAGCUGACGCGGAAGCAGUCUCUCGCGGACUUGCUGCGGCUGUGCGCGAAGAGGGCCAUCGAAGAGCCCUGCGGCCAGGUCCCCGCGCAGGCCAUCAUGGGCGACUUCGUGCAGGUCAACCCGGUCUGCAGCCACGCGCUGCUGGAAGCCCUGCUGGCCCGUGCGCGCGCCCCCGGCGCGCCGCGGAAGAUCACGGACGAGGGCGAAGACGGCUGGAAGGUCUUCAGUAAGAUGGCCUCCGACGUGGUCGUCUUCACUGGCACGCGCCGCUUUCUCGACGAGGACCUGCCGCUGCUCUUCGAGGUCAUGCGUACUCCGGACAGGGCGAGAGUGCUUGGCGACUUGCGCGCGAAGAUCAGAGACCGCGUCCAGCGGGGCCCCGACGACCCGAGGAUGUCAAUGGAUUGCGAACUGGAGGGCGUUCGGGGCUUCUUCGCCCUCGGCGCUCGCGCGGGGAUCCAGCGGGAGCAGUUCGCGCGCCUGCAGCAGCUCCGCGUGCUCGCCUCCGCGAGGGCCGUGGGCCGCUUCAAGCACCACCAGGACCGAGACAUGCACCUCGAGGCGCUGAAGUUCAUGAACCUCUCCAGGAGCAACGGCUUGCCGGGCAUGUGCGCGGCCUACUUGGGCAUGCGAGGGCGGCUCACGGAGAAGGUCAUGGGGCCGGAGCUGGUGCAAGAGGCCACGGGCGAGGUGGACUACGCUGGCCUGGGCAAGCGGGGCGCGUUCCAUCUGGAGCCCGUGCAGGACGAGUGGGAUUUGCCCGUCGCGCGCGUGCAGACGGUGAAUCACCCGGGCGCGCCUCGGGCCACGCAGUUCGUCGCCAAGAGGAAGAGGCAGAAGGGGCUGCAGGUCGCGCGCGCGCAGCUCAGUUGGGCGCCCGAGAACCAGCUCACUUUCCAGGGCAUCCAGGGCCGCACUAUCCGCGGGCCCGAGGGCCAGCCUGGAGGUUUCGUCGUCGACCUCUUUCGGCCUGGCACGAUGCAGGGCGAGGAUCGCCAGGGGGGGUGCUUCCACCACGUCUGGGUGAUCCUUGGAAGAGCCAGGAAGCUGGAGUGGGUGCUGCUGCAGAACUUCCCGCUCGACGAGAGCGCCGGCGACCUGGACUGGUCGAUCCUCGAGCAAGAGCCGCCGGACUACCUCAUCGAGUUCUUGGGCGCGGCGGCGACGCUCAGCAAGAGGACUUGGCGCAGGAUGCUGCGCGCGCAGAAGGAGCUGGGGGCGCCAUCCUGGGAGGACGUCCCGGAGUGCCCGCUGGGCCCCGACCGCCAGGGCAGAUUCUUGCAUAUCGCUGAGGACUGGAUCAGGGCGGGCGCCGCCUGUGCCCGGCCCGUCGCAAGCGCCUCGGCCGAGGCGAGGCCAGACGCGGCCCCGCGGAGGAGACUCCGGGGCAAGAGGCCGCGCGAGGACCUGCGCUCGAAGACGGACCAGCCGACCGCGCCGCCCGACGAGCCCGGGGGCGCUCCGCCGCGGCGGAAGCGGUCGCGCGGCGAGGGCGCCGGGGACGAGGGCGAGCGGGCCUGCGCGCUUCCUGGCGCGGCGCCGGCCUUCUCGACGCAUUCGACCCUGCCGUCGGCGCCCGCGGCCAGCGCCGGCGGCUGGCACUGUUCCUUGCUCGGCCACGCGAUCGGCCGACGAAGGCGCGCGCCCGCGUGGUUCAACAAUCCGCUCAGGGGCGAGGUCGACCCCGCGUCCGGCACCCAGCUGGGCCUCGCGUGCGGUUUCUUCGCGAUGAACCAUUGCCUGGGCCACGCGGGCGCGCCGCAGCUGUCGGCUGAGGGCGCGGCCCACCAGGAGGCUAUCCCCGCCGCGGGGGACUCCGACAGCUGUCUGGCUGUCUCCAACGGCAUCCUGCGCCAGCCAUGCCCUCGACAUUGGAUCGUGCUCGUUCGACCUCCAGAGGCCGUGCGAGACGGCGACGCCGCCUGGCUUUGCGACUCCUCGCACUCGGCGGUCGUCGCCCUUGAAGCCGGCGAGGUGCAGGACCUCCUCGGCCACGCGGGCUGUGCGCAGAUGGGCGCCGCGGACAGGGCCGGGAGCGAGGUCGACCGGAUGAGGGAGAUCGCCGACUGGCGUGCCUACAGAGUCCACCGCUGA